CGGCAAAUUGUCUUCUUGAGUGUUUUCCGACAAUCGCAAAGCGCGUGCUUUCCGACCAGAGUGCCUUUUCCCUCUCGUCUUGCCUCUCGCGUGAACACCACCACCACCAAAGAUGCCUAGCGCCACCGUGAAGGACGUCCCCGCCGACAAGCUCAUCCACGCGUAUGCCGCGCUCCUGAAGCGGCAGGGCAAGAUCAAGCCCCCAGCGUGGGCAGACUACGUCAAGACCGCCCCCUUCAAGGAGCUCGCUCCCUAUGAUGAGGACUGGUUCUACGUUCGCUGCGCCUCCAUUGCCCGUCACAUCUACAUCCGUGGUGGUGUUGGCAUUGGUGCUCUGAGGAAGGUGUACGGUGGUUCUGCUCGUCGUGGUACUCGCCCUAACCACUUCAAGCGCGGCUCUGGCUCCGUUGCCCGCAAGUGCGUUCAGGCCCUCGAGAGCGUCAGGGUUCUCGCUGAGCUCGAGUCUGGUGGCCGUGUGAUCACACCUGUUGGACAGAAGGACCUGGAUCGUCUUGCAACACAGAUUGCCAACACGAUGCAGCAGGAGGAGGAGUAAACGCCCACCAAGCAAGCGUUGAUCCCGUUUUCACUUGACUCACUUGCGCUCACCAUGGCUGCUUUUGGUCUGCAAUACAACUAACCACCAAAGUACACAGUGCAUGGUAGCCAUCAGCAAGACUCAC